ACAGUGUCGAAAUGUUUUUGAAAGAAGAGCCGAUAAUUUGUGGAACGAAAUGAACGCUUCUGAAACAAUAUGGAUUAUUGGAACGGAGUGUUUGUUUUGGUAAUUAGCGAGCAGCACAAAUGGACUUAGACAUGGCACACAUUUUUGCGUUGUCCGUCACUUGAGCGGUGUUCUUCCUCGACGCUUUUUUUGGCGUGCCCUGCCCCCCCAAUGGCACCGGGUUCAGCAGCUGACGUGAAGGAUAAACGGGAUGAUAUAAUAGCACUGGCCCAUGAGGAAGGUCGUGGCCACACGUAGUCCACAAUGGCAACCUUAACUCAGAUGGCUGACAAUCUCUAUGAGGCUGUCAGUAUUGGUGAUGUGGAUACAGUUAUGGAUCUUUUGAAGAAAGGGGCAAAUGUUAAUGUGCUUCCUACGUGUGGACGUACUGUGUUGGGUCGUGCUGCGCAGCUGGGUCAUCUUGCCAUAGUUUGUCUCCUGCUGGACGCAGAAAAAUUUUACACCACACCCGAAGAAGAAGAUAUAGAUACAGAAGUGAUGUUUUCAUCUUGCCCAACAAAUGUGGAAAGCCCAACUACAUCACAAGCCACUGUCGCAUCUCCAACUUAUCCACCCCUGUCUUCUCCAACUGUAGUAGCCCCCACCUCAUCUACAUGGCCGACGCUACCCAUAUCGACUGCUGCAGCUACUGUAGCUUCUACUUCAAGUCUCCGUCCUUCACUUGGGUCUUCCUUAAGAAGUCCACAGCCUCACAAAUGUUGCUCUCCCAGUAUUGACUCAGAAACUUGUACCUGUAGUGAUGAGUUGUGGGGGCUUGAUUUGAGCGACACCAAUCAGCACAGUGACUGGGAAGCAGGACUUCGGGGCCGUGAUCUUCCAAGCAAUAACAACGAAGACACCUCAGAACGGGAAAUUGAAGGGGCUUACAGUGCUCCUGUGUGCGCCCACAACCCUCAUAACCCAAAUCAGUAUACCCCGAGUAAUAUUGGUUAUUAUGUUUAUGAGUACCGAGAAGAGGAUGAAGAUACUGGUGACUCUUCGGGGCCUAUUGUGUCAUCAACGGAAGAUUCAGACUCUGCUUUGAUGGCUGAGCGCCGUCAUCAUCAUCAACCCCAUCGUCAUUCUGCUUCCAUCCUUCUUCAACGCACAUUAGGUAGAGGGCGAGCCAAUAUAGUUUCUUCAGAUUCAGAAUUUGAAACUGAAAACAGAAGACGGAGGCGGCAUGCACGUCACAAUCACCGCUCACAUCGUCAUGAGAGAGAUCAUGGACGCCACAAAGGUCUUGUUCAUUCACAUCACUCAAGUCCAUGGCUAGCUCAAUUACAUUCUGAGUACCUGUCUUUGGGGCUUGCAUCACCGUGGUCUUUGAGACGUACCUGUGAUAUGAAUCAGCAAGAUGCUUAUGGGAGAACAGCUUUACAUUAUGCUACAGAACAGGGUCACACAUAUAUAGUUCAUAUGUUAAUCAAAUCAGGUGUUCGUGUUGAUACUCCUGAUGCAGAGCACAUGACAGCUCUCCAUUUGGCUGCUCAGCGAGGGAUGGCUGAAGUAAUCACGCUACUUCUUGAAGGUGGUGCAAGAGUAAACAAUAAAAUGAGUGAUAAGAGUUCCCCGCUUCAUAUAGCUGCGUCCAGGGGUUAUACGGACAUUGUGGAAACUUUGCUUGACCGUGGGGCAAAAAUUGACUCCUUGGAUGGUUCAGACCGUACCCCACUUAUUCUGGCAGUGUCACGCUCUCAUUACAAAGUAGUUCAGUUGCUACUGAAAAGGGGAGCUAAAGUAAACAUAGAAGAAAUUCAUGGGUAUACACCACUCUGUGAGGCAGUUUGGCACAAAGAUUUGAAGUUAGUGCAAAUGUUAUUGACAGCUGGAGCAAAGAUUACACAAUCUCACUAUCUUCUGCACCAUGCUGUUCUCCAUCGGCAUUACCAGCUAGCAGAGAUGUUACUAGGAGCCAGGUGCAUUGUUAACCUUCGAGACGAUAAUGGUGACACACCUCUAAUAAUUGCUGCAAGAACUUGUCAGCCUUCAAUUAUAAAACUUCUACUGAAACAUGGGGCCAAUACAAAUUAUCCAAAUGGUCUAACUGGUACUACUCCAUUGCACGAAGCUGUAGAAGGAACUAGAGAUGCUUUAUAUGAGGACUUUCAUACUGUGUUUCUUUUACUACGAUCUCAUGGUGCUAGAUUAGAUGUAGAAACUGUCACCAAGGGAGAUACUCCUCUGUAUCGAGCUCUGCUGCUUGAAAAAAAUAAGGCUGCUGCUUUGCUCAUUCGGCAGGGGUGCUGUGUAAAUCAUCGGACUCCUGCAUGUACCCCAGAUUACCUUCACAUGGUAGCUCUAAGAGGCCAUGCGCCUUUAGCAACUCUGCUUGUUUUAGCUGGCUUUGAUCUUUGGAAGGCAGAUUGGCUCAGCGGUGUUUUUUCACCAGGAACCUUAAAAGCACGCCUUGCAGCAGUCAGAUCACAGCCCCUAACUCUUGGCGAGCUGUGCCGUAUUCACAUCCGCCAGAGAAUGGGUGAGCGAAUUCAAGUGACCCUUGACACAAAUCCUCUUCCACUACGUGUCAAAAGAUUUCUUAUGCUUGAAGAUGUACCAGAUGUUGAACUCUGACCCUGUCCAAGGUUUUUUGUUAGAGCCAGAACUAUUAAACACAAACAUUGCUCAGAAAGAAGUGAAUGACUGCAUAAAAUAAGGCAACACAAAGUGCAUGGAACUAUUAUUGUCACUUUCUGAAAGUGUCAAUUUCAUAUGUGAUAUUUCGUACAGUUUUUCACAAAUAGUCACAUACUCAUAGUUUGAAAUAAUGAAAGGUGCUUGUAACAGUAGAGUGAUGGUUCAUUGAAAUGGAAUCUCCUGUAUUUUUUACAGUGUGUUAAAUGCACAAUAUAGUAACGUAUGCUUAAAAGUAUAAAGGUGCUGGUUUGGGAUUCAGUAACCUGAUAUUUAUUUAUAUUGUACAUUAUUGUUUGCUGUAAAGCAUAAAACAUAUUGUUUAGCUUUAGAUCAGUGCUUGAACUGUAAAUUUUGUAGCCUUUUUCAAAGAUGGUUAAUUUUACCCUUAUGAAAAAUGGGGAAAUGAUUUUGUACAGCACUUUUAUAGUGUUUAUUAUCUGAUGUUAAUUUAAGAUGGAGGAAACUAUAUAGUAGUAUGUAAAAAGUUUCAAAUGCAAUACUUAUUUCAGAACUGGAUAUUAGUUCUACACAACAGGCUUUGUGUCAAGCAGGUUUUGAGAGUAGCCACCAUUCCUUCUUGCUGUAAAUUAUUGGUCUCCAGCCAUAUUUAUGUCAACAGAACUUUGUUUGUUUGCUUUGAAAGGUACAUGUACUUUUUUGUGUAAGUGUCACAAAGUUUGUUAAAUAAGUUUGGUAUUAAAUAUUUGUACAUUAUAACUUACAUUAACAGACUUUGAGUGAUCCAAUAAUGUCACUUGCUUGGUAAGAGAAACGAGGUACCUUGACUACCUUAAUGAAAGUUCUCUGCCUCUAAGCUCCCAUUCUUCCGAAACUUGCACUGUAUUAUUGCACUUGUCAUACUUUGUUAGAAUUCAGCAGUGUGCCAUUGCAUUGUUACAGUGGUAAUUUUCCAUGUAUGCUAUAGGCAGUGGGUAUUGCAUAGGAAAAAUGAAGGAUGUGUUUUUGAAUGUUAUCAGAGAAAUUGUACACAGUACAAAGGUAUGCAGACAUCAUAUUUCCUGCAAAACAAGGAGGGAUGCAUUUUAAGUGAUCACAAACAUGCUCAAGAUUGACAAUCACAAAGAUAUGAUGGAGAGUUGUACAUUAACCCCAGUAAGUAAUUUUUUUUUACCUUUUAUUUAACAGCAGCACAAAGUAGUCCUUUCAAUACCUCUUCCACUCACUGCCACGUAGCGUCCAUUCUUAGCAUAGUCUUACUUGCACAGCACCUGCCUUGCAUUACACAUUGGGGACAGUACUAAAGGUUCUUUACAGCAACCUUUCGUUCCCCAGUGGUAUUCCUCUGCCUACUACUUAUUUUGCUUUGGUCUCUUCCCACUUAGGUGUUCACUUUGAACAACUUUACCUUGCUCGAAUUUUCAGUUUUCGUAUAAGAAAAUAUCAUUCAGGCAAUGUUUGUUCUACUAUAUACUGAACUAUACCAAUUCUUGGUAGCUUUAGGCAUAUGUAUUGUACUAAUUGUGAAAGUUUCUUAUUGUCACCAGGUUGAGUUGGUAGUAAUGUACAUUAUCUACUGAAACCUAGCAACAGAGUCUGUUAAUGCAAUAAUUUGAAGAUUUAUUUCAUGUAAAUGUAAAAUUUCAACAAGUGUUGAUGAAGGUUUUUAAAAAUUUCUUUUGAUGGAUCAUCAGUAUAUUUUUAAUUUAUGUAGUUAUUGUUGUACAGUAGUUCAUUUUAAUGUAUAUAACUGGAGAUGUUUAACUUAAGUAGACACCAGCUGUAGGUAAAGUUGUAUAGUAUGUUAGAUAAAAGCUUCUCUCAAAUAAUUUGGGCAUAGUUUUGCCAGUCUUAGGGUCAGCUUGAACUUCUUCCAUCCAGUGUGAUAAAUUCAUAUAUUGAAAGCUUUACUCUUCAAGUAUGUUAUUUUUGAUUUUGUGCCAUGUUUGUUUUUCUUGGAAUAUUUAAUUUGUUAGAUUUUAGUAGUUUAUGUAUGUUAUUUGUUAAGAUGUUUAAAGAAGUAUGGUUAUUAUAUUGCAACAAAAGUAUAUUAAUAAAAUAUUUACCAUUAUCAUAA